GCAUAUCUUCGCCUCUACAAAUAUGUUAAUAAUAGUUGGUCGAAAGAGAAGGGGAGAAUCAACUAAAUGAAAAUUUUAAAAAACCAGUCUCGCCUAGUGGUUACAACAAAGAUUGCUCAACUCUGGUGAAGUGAACAUGUCGUUGGCGUCGGUCCUGAACUGUCCUACAGUACCACUUUCCAAUGGUCUGCAGAUCCCCGUGCUUGGUUUGGGCACAUCACAUAAUGGUGGUUACUCCCAAGAUGCAGUUAUGUAUGCCCUCACUGAAUGUGGCAUCUGCCACAUUGACACAGCAAAGCGUUAUGGCUGCGAGGCCGAAUUGGGCAAAGCUGUCAGAGAAAGUGGGCUUCCACGAAGUGAUCUGUGGCUCACGAAUAAACUGUGGCCCAGCGACUACGGAUAUACAGCUGCAAAAAAGGCCUGUCUGGACUCCUGCUUGGAAAUGGGGGUCAAGUAUUUUGAUCUGUACCUGAUGCACUGGCCAGAGUCAAAGACACCUGGUGGUUCCAACAGGGAGAUGAGAGCUGAGACCUGGAGAGCUUUGGAAGAACUAUAUAAGGAAGGUGUGUGCCGUGCUAUUGGGGUCAGCAAUUUUCUGGUCCACCAUCUGGAACAGCUGAAAGAAGACUGUACUGUGAUACCACAUGUUAACCAGGUUGAGUACCAUCCUUUCCAGCAGCCAAAUCACCUGAUUCAGUACUGUCGUCAGGAGGGAAUUGUGUUUGAAGGGUACAGUCCUCUGGCCAAGGGUCAAGUCUUCAACAAUCCCACUGUUCUCCAGAUAGCGGAAAAGCACAGACGCACGCCAGCUCAGAUCUGCAUCCGCUGGAGUAUUCAGAACGGAGUUGUGACAAUACCAAAAUCGACCAAAAAGAAGAGGAUACAAGAAAACUGUGAAGUAUUUGGAUUCCAGCUGGAGGACGAGGACAUGGCUGCUUUAGGAAGCUUGCAUGAUGGAAGACAUGUUACUUGGGAUCCAACAAAUGUGGAAUAAGAAUAACUGGGAAGAUGGAGGGUAUGUUUGUCCAUGAACUGGUGAUGGCUGAGUGAGGAAUUGAUUUGAAUAUGUUCUUGGUUAAUUAUUUUUCUUUGUGACAGUUUUCCUGGAAAUAGACUCAACUGUGAUGUCAAAGUUUAUUGAGCUACAUCUUCAGAUAAUGUGUAGAAAAACACACACGAAGGACAAAACCAUUCUGUGAGUGUGUGAGUGUGAGAAAGGUGUUGUAAAUACAGAUAAUGGUAUCUUUACCUUUCCAGAAAUGUGAUUGUGAGCUUGACUUGAUCUUGAAUAAAAUCUACAAAUUA